UGUGAGUGCCCUGCCAUCAGGAUUUGACUGAAUGUGAAUAGAUGUGACUUUCUUGUCAUUUCUCUUUUGCCAGCAAAGAAAUCUAGGUGCCAGUUACCGGUGCCUGGACGACGUCACAGGAAGGCUCUUGCAAGUCGGAGGAGAUGGAGCUGGCGAAUACUUUAAGUACACACGGCGAGUCCAAAGGAGGUGUUUUAGCUCACUUAGAAAGACUAGAGAUUCAUAUGAACAGAUCCCGUAAAAAAUUGGAAGAGCCACAGGGAGCGCAGGCAGUGGGCAGCGCCCUUGGAACCAAGAUUCAGAAACUGAGACGUCUGCGAGAUAAGCUGAGGGCUGAGGUGAAACAACGUCAAGCCGGAGUUAAAGCAUCUACAGCCAAUGUUGAACCCGACCAAACAUUGGACAUGAGUGAGCAAGAAGUUUUGGAAAGAAAACGGGAAAACUUAAAAGCUAUUCUGCAGGCAUAUCGUUUUACAGGGCUCAGUGGGAAAUUGACCAGCCGAGGAGUCUGUGUCUGCAUCAACACUGCUUUUGAGGGCAACCUGCUGGAUUCCUAUUUUGUGGACCUUGUCAUACAGAAACCACUUCGGAUACAUCACCAUUCAAUUCCCAUCUUCAUUCCCCUAGAGGAGAUAUCUGCAAAAUACUUACAGACUAAUAUUCAGCACUUCCUGUUCAGUCUCUGCGAAUACCUAAAUGCUUACUCUGGGAGGAAGUACCAGGCAGAUCGACUUCAGAGUGACUUUGCAGCCUUUCUGGCUGGGCCCUUGCAGAGAAACGCACUGUGCAACUUGCUGUCGUUUACUUACAAAGUGGAGCCAGGAGGUCAGUCCUUCCCGUUUUGUGCUAGACUGCUGUAUAAGGACCUCACAUUAACCCUUCCAACUGACGUCACCGUUACUUAUCAAGGGAUGGAAGCGUUAUCCACCUCAUGGGAAGAACAGCGAGCAUCCCAUGCAAAUCUGUUUCGUACGAAGCCCCUACAUCAAGUAUUUACUUCGUUUGCCAGAAAAGGAGAAACGCUGGAUAUGAGCCUGGUCUCCUAGAAUAUUAUUUUCAUUGGGAACAUGUCAGAAGUGAGUAAACUGGUACUGUACAUAGUCCUAGGCAAGGUCCCGGGAGCUGAAAACUGUUCAAAGGCUCAGGCUCCUUGUUUGGGGACUAUCCUUGCAGUGAGAACAAACAGCCACCUCGUCAGGAUGAGAAGGGGCAAGUUUGAGUCCAUAGACAUUGGCAUUUUUGGACAAUUUUCCAUGAUUGCCUGGUCACUUGUUAUAACGUUCCAGAUCAUCUGUUCUUUUUAGAUACUGACUUAAUCAUAUGUUUUAGCUGAAAAUCAGAAUAGUUUGUGGGGCAAUAGAAGGGUAUUUUGUGAGAGAGGGGGUAUGUACCAUUCAACUAAUGAGUAAUUCUAGCUUUUAUGGAAGCUUUAAGUAAUUCUGCCUCAUUUUCCUAUCUGAGACUUUCACAAAGAA